CCCUCUCUCUCUCUCUCUUCUGAGCGCGCGCCUCCUCUCCAUCGCCGGGCGCGAAUUCCGCGUGACGAUCACGCGGACUCUGACUCUCUCUGAGUCAUCUCCUUUAUUCGUGGUGCCUCGAGAACCCUUAGCUGCAGAGCGGCGUGCGGUUAGCUCUUACUGAUUCUUCCUUUCCGUGAUGGACUCUCGGAGCGAGUUCGGAGUUGCGCCGGAGACGGAGAGACUCCUCUGCGACAAGUUGCUUGAUCGGAGUCUGCCCAUCGCUGACAGAUUUAGGGCUCUUUUCUCAAUUCGCAACUUAAGCGGCUCCAUCGUUCGCGACGCCCUCAUCAAGGCAACAAGGGAUCCAUCGAAUCUUCUAGCACAUGAGUCUGCAUUUGCUUUGGGUCAGAUGCAAGAUGUGGAAGCUGUUCCUGCUUUAGAGAAUGUCCUCAGUGAUCUCUCCCUGCACCCUAUUGUGAGGCAUGAGGCAGCUGAAGCUCUUGGAGCAAUUGGUCUGGAGAGUAACAUCCCAAUUUUGAGACAAAGUUUAAUAUCAGAUCCUGCAGUAGAAGUUCGUGAAACAUGCGAACUUGCUCUAAGACGAAUAGAGGAACAUUCAAAAAGAACUAGUUCUGAGUCCUCUGCUUCACCCUUCCUGUCAGUUGAUCCUGCUUUACCAUCAUCUCAUAACGCUUCUGUAGACCAACUAAGAAAAGUUCUUUUGAAUGAAGAAGAAACAAUGUAUGAACGAUAUGCUGCUUUAUUUGCUCUUCGGAACAAUGGAGGGAGAGGGGCUGUUGAUGCUAUUAUUGCUUCUUUAGGUGCUAAAAGUGCUCUUCUGCGCCAUGAGGGAAGACAGGGUUGUAGCCGCCAACCCCACGGUUGCCGCUCCUCCGAUCCGCCGUCGCUGUUGCUUUUGCCCUUGUAUUCUCAACUUCUGGUUGCAUUUGUCCUGGGGCAACUACAGGAUAGAACUGCUUCCCUUGCAUUAGCGGAGAUACUUAAAAAAAAGGAUGAGCAUCCAAUGGUCAGACAUGAAGCUGCUGAAGCCCUUGGCUCAAUUGCCGAUUGUGAAAGCAUUUCACUUCUUGAGACAUUCAUAAGGGAUCCUGAACCUAUUGUUUCUCAAAGCUGUGAAGUUGCACUCAGCAUACUAGAAUUUGAAAGAUGUGGCAAACCCUUUGAGUUCUUUUACAUGCAGGCACCAGAAGUGAACUAAUGAACUGAUGCCUCUCAGUCUGUGGAUCCUUCUCUGCAAUUUUCUCCAUAUCAACCAUAUGAGAUCUGUCCUUAUCUGCCAACAUCCAAGUUUUAUGUGUUUCCUGGCCAGAUAUGUCUCGAAGUUUUCAAUUACAAAUUUUCCUUGAAGCAUCAGCCAGCCAAUCAACUUGGACCCUGACUGUUGAUGUGGUAGUUUGUUUUUGUGAUUACAUUUAUCAUCUCUUACUUUCAUAGUUGAUGAGUUCUGGUUCAUACUUCAAUGGACGUACAAUAUACUAAUUUGAUGAAAUUGAGAUAUAAUAGUGACAUACAUCUGCUCAAGUUAUCUUCAUCUUA